ACCUGGAUCUUACGCCCGCCCGCGAUCCCGGCAUGCCCCGCUGCAGGCCGCCCUGGGCUGCGCUCGGAUUUGGCCUUCGGCGGGACACGUUGGAGAGCCAGGGCGCCCCGGAGCGGCAGCCGAGGCUUCAAAAGCCGUCCUGGUACAACUGGGAAGUAACCUUUUACCAUAAAGGAGAAGGCAGAUUUGGGCAUGGUAUAAAAUGCACCUUGCCUCUCUUCAGGCCCUCAGGUCUCCAGGUCUGCUUGCCCUUGUGUUCUCUCCAGCUUCCGCCUACUCAGAGAAUGUGAGUGGACUGUAGUUGGGAGCCCUUAGAAGCAUGGAGACUGUGGUGAUCGUCGCCAUAGGUGUGCUGGCCACCAUCUUCCUGGCCUCAUUUGCAGCCUUAGUAGUGGUUUGCAGGCAGCGCUACUGCCGGCCGAGAGACCUACUGCAGCGGUAUGAUUCCAAACCUAUUGUGGACCUCAUUGGUGCCAUGGAGACUCAGUCUGAACCUUCUGAGUUAGAGCUGGAUGAUGUGGUCAUCACCAACCCCCACAUUGAAGCCAUUCUGGAGAAUGAAGACUGGAUUGAAGAUGCCUCGGGCCUCAUGUCCCACUGCAUCGCCAUCUUGAAGAUUUGUCACACUCUGACAGAAAAACUUGUUGCCAUGACGAUGGGCUCUGGGGCUAAGAUGAAGACUUCAGCGAGUGUCAGCGACAUCAUUGUGGUGGCCAAGCGGAUCAGCCCCAGAGUGGAUGAUGUAGUGAAGUCGAUGUACCCCCCGCUGGACCCCAAGCUCCUGGAUGCACGGACAACUGCCCUGCUCCUGUCUGUCAGUCACCUGGUGCUGGUGACCAGGAAUGCCUGCCACCUGACUGGGGGCCUGGACUGGAUUGACCAGUCGCUGUCUGCUGCUGAGGAGCACCUGGAAGUCCUUCGAGAGGCAGCCCUGGCUUCUGAGCCAGAUAAAAGCCUCCCCAGCCCUGAGGGCUUCCUGCAGGAGCAGUCAGCCAUUUAAUCUGCAAGGCAGCAGGCUCUGUCCCUUCUAUUCUUAGCUGAGUCUUCUAUUUUCUGUAGAUUUAGUUGUUCUCCAGAGCUCAGGAGUCCAUCUGUGAGUGCAGAGUAAAGCCAGGAGCCUCAUCGUGGAUGCCUCUGCUGCAGUGGCAAACAGUGGCUGGAGCGUGGCAGUCUAAUACCACAAUUGGGGAAAUGUCAUUUACCUCUUCAGCAGAGCGCAUUUGACUGGAGGACUGCCUGCUUGAUUUAGCUCAUCUAGUGUUUCCAAGAAAACUGAGCUGCCUUCUAAGAAUCGAGAAGCUUCACAUUAGAUCAGAAUUUCUGGCUUCUGACAAUCAAGGUGUGGCAACACUGAUCUGCAUUUUCAGAGAACAAUCAGGCAGAACUGAGUAGAAGUUGCCUCUUUGGGUGAGACUUGCAUUCUCCCCGUGACUUGUUUUGUUUGUUUGUGUUAAGUACCUGAUCCCUGAAGCAUUGAAUUCCUCCUUCCCCUUCCCUAUUUGUGUUAGAAGCUGAGCACUACAAAGUUGAUUAUUUCUUUUUGUCACUGUGUCUGCAAUUUUACUUCACAACCAUUAGAAGAGUAGUAAAUUUGCACUUAUAUUUUC